UCGCAGAUGAUUGCAUUUGGAUGGAAAGAGAAGGAAUUGAAGGAGACCCCCAGGUUUCUGGUGGUUGGGGGUGCCAUUUAAAAGGAUUGAAGAAGAAGAGCAAACUGGGGACAAGCACAGACAGUGGAGCCAGAUUGCCUGGGUUCAAAUCCUGGCUGUGCCACAGCUCAACACCCUCCAGCUCAACACUGGAAUGUUACCACAUUCCAGUGCUCUGGCUCUGGGACUCCCCUGAUGAAAUCAGAACAAGAAAAGCUGGUUGGACACCGAGGGACAAUGAGAGAUUAUCCAGGCUUUAGCGCAUCAGUGGAUGCUGAAGCGAUUCAUAAGGCAAUCACAGGAAUUGGAACCGAUGAGAAAACGCUCAUUAGCAUUCUGGCUGAGAGGACGAAUGCACAGCGGCAGCUGAUUGCUAAGGAAUAUCAAGCAGCAUAUGGAAAGGAACUGAAAGAUGACUUGAAGGGUGAUCUCUCUGGCCAGUUCAAGUGUCUCAUGGUGGCCCUCGUGACCCCACCAGCAGUGUUUGAUGCGAAACAGCUGAAGAAAUCCAUGAAGGGCAUGGGAACAAGUGAAGAUGCACUGAUUGAAAUCUUAACAACCAGGACAAGCAAGCAGAUGAAGGAGAUUGGCCAAGCCUACUAUACAGUGUAUAAGAAGAGUCUUGGAGAUGAAAUUAGUUCUGAAACAUCUGGUGACUUCCGGAAAGCUCUGUUGACUUUGGCAGAUGGCAGAAGAGAUGACGGUCUGAAAGUGGAUGAGCAGCUGGCCAAAGAGGAUGCCCAGAUUCUCUAUAAUGCUGGUGAGAACAGAUGGGGCACAGAUGAAGAUACAUUCACUGAGAUCCUGUGUUUAAGGAGCUUUCCUCAACUGACACUGGCAUUUGAUGAAUACAGAAAUAUCAGCCAGAAGGACAUUGAGGACAGCAUAAAAGGAGAAUUGUCUGGGCAUUUUGAAGACUUACUGCUAUCCAUAGUCUGUUGCGCAAGGAACACGCCUGCCUUUUUAGCUAAAAGACUGCACCAAGCUUUGAAGGGUGCUGGGACUGAUGAGUUUACUCUGAACCGAAUAAUGGUUUCCAGAUCAGAAAUUGACCUUUUGGACAUUCGAGCAGAGUUUAAGAAGCAGUAUGGCUAUUCCCUACAUUCAGCAAUUAAAUCGGAUACUUCUGGAAACUAUGCAAUCACACUCGGAAAGAUCUGUGGAGGAGAUGACUGAGUCAAGAAUGUGAUUUCUAAAGGCUGCCUGCUCCCACGACGGACUUUUCCCACAGCUCUAAUUACUUCUUUCUCACAGUAUUUACAAGUACAAGCAAGUGUCAAGAGCAACCUGUUUUCCAAACAGAAAUGUUCAUUGUUCCAUGAUAAUAACAACAAAAAAGUGAUUAUUAUUGUAGAAUAUCUCAUCAUAAUGUAGCCAUUUAUAAAUGAAAUUUUUAAAUGAUAUUAAGGAUCAGCUAAUACUAUCCAAAUUAUAUUUCUGCUUUGCAAGUGAGACUCUUUGUACAGUUCUAAAACAUGAAAUGCAAAACAGUGUAAUACAAGUUCUUGCCUCUGAAAAAGGUAAUCGGUUUGUUGUUAUCAUCAACCAGCAUUGUUUGGUACCUGGCACCCACAACUAAUGAUAUUUUAAAACAUGUUUUUGUUAUUAAAGCUGUUGCUGCUUCCAUUUGUCUGUCGUCUUAUUAAUCACAUUCUUCCUUAAGAAAGGAAUAAAAACGAAGAUGUAUGUAAUCCUGGCUUCUCCUUUCUCGUCUGAUCAAGCUAGAGCAGUGGCAAUGCAUAAUAAUUUAUUUCAGAAAACAUCUGCUGAACUACUGACCUAACCAUUGCCCAUCUGAAUGGCAGGCAUGAAUUGUGGUUGUUUCGUGUUAAAUACUACUUUCCCAGAAGGGGUGUUUAGAAUCAAGUUUCUAAGAUAUCCUUUUCCUCUAAAAUAAGUUGGCAAAACUACACAUU